GUUUGGUCUAGUGGUAUGAUUCUCGCUUCGGGUGCGAGAGGUCGUGAGUUCGAUUCUCGCAACACCCCAAGAUUUCAUCUUUUGUUUUUUUUUACUCAUUUCUCUCUCUCGUUUUUACCUUCCAUCUUCUUCUCUGUGCUCUCUUUUUCUCACUCGGAUCAUCACAGUCAGGAGCUUGAAAGGAAAGAAAUUGAAAUCAAGAUGUCUUCUAAUGCAACAAAGCUUUCUCAUUUGCAAUCAUAUGUUGAUGAGUUAAAUGAGAAAGUAGAAAGUGGCUGCAGCAACAGCAAGAGUCUUUCUGAUGGAUUAAACCGUUUGUUAAGUGAAUCGGAAGAAGAGUUAGUUUCGGCUAGGAAGGAACUAGCUCCUUUGCUGAGGAAAAUACUAGCGGUAAGACGCCAGCUUGAUGAUGUGCCUUCUCAAUCAGAACUUAUUCAAUAUGAAGGGAGAUUAUCAGAGUUAUAUGCUCAUAUUCAGGGAAAACAUCAGCAAACACAAAAGUAUUAUGAUACCUAUAAUACACUAUUGGAGAUUAAGGAAUUGAUGUUAAAGGAAACAUCCUUGUUUAAUUCAUUAAGUUCCCAGUUUCAAGCUGCCAUUUCAAGCACUGGUGGUCGCAUGAAACUCAUUGAAUCCAUGGAGGGAAUCGUAAAGGGUAGCCGACAGAAACUGGAAAAAGUGCAGCUUGGGCUUGAAGAACAGCAACAAGCAUGUGAUGCUCUUAAAAAUAAGUAUACUGCAGAAAUUACAGCACGAAGACAAUGGUAUUCUCUCUUGAAGGUUUUUCAGGAGGAAUGUGCAAAGAAUGAGAGACUUAGAAGCAUAGCUUCAUAGAGGUUUUGUGUAGAUAGAAACAUAUCUGACAAAAGCCAUGUUGAUGUGAUCCACCUAUUGAUAUCAUGAAGAUAUGAAGUUUUCCCUUUCUUUUUUCUUUUGCACAAACUACAAAAACUAUUAUUCUCUCUUUUCAUGUACAAAAACUUGUGUUGUGUUCAAUUUUUUGUUUUAUAUAUUUACUCACAGCAUAUGCAGAAAAGAAAAGUACUUAUAUCCA